AUGGCAGCACCACCUACCACACAAGAGGGAGCUUCACAAACACGACCACCACUAUUUAAUGUCAAAUACUAUGGAUGGUGCAAAAAUCGUGUAAUGGAUCAUCUUAUUGGCGAAAACCCUGAUCUAUGGGAAGUAAUUCUAGCUGGACCAACUAUGCCUAUGAAAACUGCAACUGAUGGAAUCACCAAAAUCCCAAAGGAAAGAAAAGAAUGGAAUGCUGAAGACAAGCUCGCAAUCCAAAACAAUGCCAAAGCCAAGAAAAUUCUGAUCUGUGGCAUAGGACCAGACGAAUACAAUCGAAUCUCAUCUUGUCAAGAUGCCAAAGCCAUAUGCGAAACACUACAAACCGCUCAUAAAGGAACAACGCAAGUCAAGAAGUCCAAAAUUGAUAACUUGAACAGACAAUAUGAACUGUUCAGGAUGGCAGAAGGGGAGACCAUACAAGACAUGCACACCAGGUUCACUUUAAUCAUCAAUGAGAUGUACUCCUUGGGAGAGAUAGUUCCUACUGGAAAGGUAGUAAAGAAACUCUUGAGUGUCCUUCCUGAAACUUGGGCAAACAAAGUCGAGGAUAUCACUGAAGCCCGCGACCUAGAUUCACUAGCCAUGGAUGAGUUAAUUGGUAAUCUCAUCACAUACGAACUCAAGAAAAACCAAGAAAAGGAAAUUGGAGGAAAAAGGAAGGAAAGGAACCUGGUUCUAAAGGCUACUGCAUCAGAUGAUUUCGAGGAUGAAAAAUAUUGCCCUUAUAACCAAAAGAAAAAGACAAACCCUGAGAAGGGCAAAGACAUCAAGAAAGAUAAGUUUGUUCCCUCAAACAGAAGAAUUACAACUCAAGAGGCAAAUAUCUCAAUGAAAAGGUCCUUUGCAGCAAUGGGGAAUUCAUCUGAUGAAGAAUAUGAGGAUGAUGAGACAGAAAACAAAUCCCUUCUUGCACUAGAACAAGAAGAUAAUUAUGACUUUCUUGCUCUUGUAGCAGUAGAAACAAAGGAAGAAAAGGAAACCUGCAGAUUACAAGAAACCAUAUUAGCACUCAUGGCUGGAUCAGAUUCUGAAGAGGACAAAGAAGAAGAAUAUACUAAUGAAAAGAAUACUGAGCUAAGUAAGAACCUAGAUUUGGUAACUAAAAGGAAUGGAGCACUAACCAAAGAGCUUCUUGUGACUAAAACUGAAGCUGAAAAUGGAAUGAGAUGGAUCAGGUCCUCCACAUUGCUUGAAAACAUUCACAAGAAUCGUACAUCUGAGAGACAUGGGAUAGGAUCAGUGAGAAGGAAGCAACAACAAUGGUACUUGGAAAGUGCAUGUUGCAGAUACAUGACUGGAGAUAAAAGAAGCUUCCUCUCACUCAAAAACAUCAAAAGAGGAAACGUUGCCUUUGGUAAUGGAAAAAGUGGGGAAAUUCAGGGAAUUGGAAAGGUUGGGUCCAUGGAUACUCAUGCAAUUAAGAAUGUAUACUAUGUGAAUGGCCUACAACAUAAUCUAUUGAUCGUAUCUCAAAUAUACGAUAAAGGAAACAAUGUUCUCUUUACAGAAAAAGAAUGCAGAAUAACAAACUCAGUGACUGGGAACCUGGUUCUACUAGGUAAGAGACACAAGAAUGUGUACAAAGCCAAGAUUGUUAACUCUAAGGAAGAUACUCUUAAAUGUCUAAGUGCAGUAUCUGAUUGCUCCAUGAUCUGGAACAAAAGAAUGGGAAACAUUAGCAUAACAACAAUAAAUAAACUCAUAUCUAAAGACCUGGUUAGGGGACUGCCAACCAAAAGUUUCAGGGACAACCAAGUAUGUGAAACCUGCAUUCAAGGAAAACAGGUUAGAUCAUCCUUCAAACCAAAGUUGACAGUGAGUACUACCAAGCCACUAGAACUGCUACACAUGGAUUUGUGUGGACCAAUGCGUAUACAAAACAGAGGUGGGAAAAGAUAUGUGUUUGUAAUAGUUGAUGACUAUUCAAGAUUCACUUGGACAUUGUUUCUUGCAACAAAGGAUGAAACAUUCACUAUGUUUGAAAUCUUUGCAAAGCUGGUUCAGAAAAAACUCAACAAAGAAAUAAUUAGCAUCAGAUCUGAUCAUGGGCUGGAGUUUGAGAACUCACAAUUCGUACAAUUUUGUUCUACAAAUGGGAUUGAGCAUAACUUCUCAGCACCUAGAACACCACAACAAAAUGGUGUAGUUAAGAGGAAAAAUAGAACACUGGAAGAUAUUGCAAGAACAAUGUUAAUCUCAAGCAAACUUCCAAAAUUCUAUUGGACUGAAGCAGUAAACAUAGGAUGCUAUCUAAUAAACAGAUGUAUGAUCAGAUCAGUGUUAAACAAAACACCAUAUGAGCUUCUAAAAGGAAGAAAACCAAAUUUAGCACAUCUUAGGGCCUUUGGGUGUGCAUGCUUUAUACACAACAAUGACAAGGACAACUUGGGAAAAUUUGAUGCCAAGAGUGAUGAAGGAAUUUUUCUGCGCUAUUCGUCACAAAGCAAAGCGUACAAGGUACUGAAUAAAAGAACAAACCGUGUAGAAGAAAGUGUUCAUGUUGUCUUUAAUGAAAAUAACAGUGAAGUUGAAGGAAAUUCAAAGGAUGAACAGAAUGAGGGAACCUGCUCCAAGACAUCAUAA